AUGUCCGAAGCAGAAGCAGGUUCCAUGGCUUCUGUGGUUGCUUUUCUAUCAAAAAGCUUCUAUCAGGUGCCUCCGCCUGCGGUUCCAGCAAUGCUGGAUUGCAUUCUGGUGUCUACCGGUUCGUCUCCGCCCUCGCUGUUCGCUUCACUAGUCCAUGAUUUCCCUCGAAUUCUCAAGGAUAUUAUCAACGAAGGGACUGAUUGUGACGCUGUAACAUUGUUUAUGCGGAGAUGUUUUAUUCCUUUAGCUACGAUGCUUCAACCGAUGCAGCAUGACUUACUUAACCAGAUCACAGAAUUAUUCAUGGAUGUAGUAAUUGAAACUUGCACGUGGGAAGUUCUUGGAGCAACUUUGGUGCCAAUUUUGUUAAGAUCAGUUGGUCUCUCCAUGGGUAUGCUUCAUAACGAUGAUUUGGACUUUUAUGAAUGGAGUAGCGAUUCAUCUCACCAAGACUUGAAUGAUGUCAUGAUUGAUCAAUCGAUGGACAAGGAGCUAUUGCUGUCUAUGCCAAAUAGUUUUGAAUUGUCAACAUCAUGUAAUUUUCUAUCUGUAAUUCUGGAAGCUGCCCUUCAGUAUAUUAUGACAGAUACACCCCCUAAAUCAGUGGAAAGAAAAGGGUGCAUUUCGGAUAAAUUUGUUAUAGUUUUGAUAUGGGAAUUAUGUAAUUUGAUUGAACGGAUGCUUUUACAUAGUCCAGAGCACAGGUCUUGUGCCGUAGGCCUGCUUCUUCCUAUCAUUGUCAAAGCAUUACCUGCCAAUUACUCAUUUGAAAUAUCAAUUCGUGAGCAGAAACAUGGGUUUUCUAGGGAGUAUUUUUUCAUCAAACUCUGGAGCUGCUGCAGAACACUGUUUUCAAUUGGACCUUUAGAGAGAAGAGAGGCAUAUAAUAUACUAUCUUUGUAUUUCUCUUUUACCUGGUCCACAGAAGAAUGUCAACAUGAUGGCAGUGAUGCAAUCAUUAAAACUGAAGAAUUUGACAUAAGAGCAGAAAAAGAUUUCUGGAAUGAAAUGAAGAUAGGGCUGGUUGACAAGGAGAGUAUAGUGCGGAAACAGAGUUUACAUAUAUUGAAGAUGGCUCUCAAUAUACAAGGAGGAACCAAUUCCGUCACUAGUAUUUCUAAAAGGAAUGCAAUUGAAAAGCAUUCGAUACCUCAUGGUGUGACAAAGAGGGAAAAAUGGGCCUACACGGAAGCCAAGUCCCUUGGUGUUGGGAACCUUCCGAUGAUAGAUGACCUGAUUAUUAACAGCAAGCAGUAUUGGGAUGCAUUUGUGCUUUUAUAUGAGAUGCUUGAAGAAUAUGGUACUCAUUUAGUUGAAGCAGCUUGGAAUCAUCAGGUGUAUUAUCACGUGCUUCACAUUUUUUUAUCAUAUUCUUUCUUUCUCGUUGAAAUUUUAGAGACUAAGGGUAAAAGGGGGGGGGGUAAUGUAAUGAGAGAACAAACUCAUAGUAGAAUAUGA